AGGAGGUGUGCCCUAUAUUACAGCAUGGUCUCCCUUGCCAAGUGGAGUCUGUUACUGCAGACUAAUCCGGGGUGAUAGCCUGUCUCAUUACUAGGUCCUUAUGGAGACUGCUUUUGCCAAACUUUGCCGGCAGAAACUGCAUUUGUGUGACCUUGAAGGGGCUGUGCCUGGUGAUAAUUUGUGCUCCACACAGCCUGGCCUGCCCCACUCCAAGCCUGCCAGAGCUCAGAAUAACCCCGAGGACCAGACAGUGGGAUGGCAGGGGAUAUGCUCGGGGUCCUGCUCCUCUUGCAACUCCUUGGCAGGGGGGAAGGGAAGAAUGAGGAGCUGCGUCUUUAUCACCAUCUCUUUGACAACUAUGAUCCAGAACGCCGGCCAGUGAGGGAGCCUGAGGACACUGUCACCAUCACCCUCAAGGUCACCCUGACCAAUCUCAUCUCACUGAAUGAGAAAGAGGAGACCCUCACCACCAGCGUCUGGAUUGGAAUUGACUGGCAAGAUUACCGACUCAACUACAGCAAGGAUGACUUUGGGGGCAUAGAAACCUUGCGGGUCCCUUCAGAACUUGUAUGGCUACCAGAGAUUGUGCUGGAAAACAACAUUGACGGCCAGUUCGGCGUGGCCUACGACGCCAACGUGCUGGUCUACGAGGGUGGCUCCGUGAGCUGGCUGCCCCCGGCCAUCUACCGCAGCACCUGCGCCAUUGAGGUCACCUACUUCCCCUUCGACUGGCAGAACUGCUCUCUCAUUUUCCGCUCGCAGACGUACAAUGCCAAGGAGGUGGAGUUCGUCUUUGCCGUGGACGAUGAAGGCGAGACCAUCAGCAAGAUCGAUAUUGACACGGAGGCCUAUACUGAGAACGGCGAGUGGGCAAUCGAUUUCUGCCCCGGGGCGAUCCGCCACCAAGACGGGGAAUUCGCUGACGGUCCGGGGGACACCGACGUCAUCUACACACUUAUCAUUCGCCGGAAGCCUCUCUUCUACGUCAUUAACAUUAUCGUGCCCUGCGUGCUCAUCUCGGGACUAGUGCUGCUCGCCUACUUCCUGCCGGCGCAAGCCGGCGGCCAGAAAUGCACGGUCUCCAUCAACGUCCUGCUCGCCCAGACCGUCUUCUUGUUCCUAAUUGCCCAGAAAACCCCGGAGACAUCUCUGAGCUUGCCAAUGCUGGGCAGGUACCUCAUUUUCGUCAUGGUGGUUGCCACGCUCAUUGUCAUGAACUGCGUCAUCGUGCUGAACGUGUCUUUGCGGACACCCACCACUCACGCUAUGUCCCCGCGGCUGCGUCACGUCUUAUUGGAGCUGUUGCCGCACCUCCUGGGGUCGGACGCGCCCCCCGAAGUCCCCCGAGCCCCUUUGUCCCCAAGGCGGGCGUCGUCCCUGCGUAUACUGCUCCGCGCAGAGGAGCUGAUACUGAAAAAGCCGCGGAGCGAGCUCGUGUUUGAGGGGCAGAGACACCGGCACGGGACCUGGACGGCUGCCCUCUGCCAGAGCCUGGGCACUGCCGCUCCCGAGAUCCGCUGCUGUGUGGAUGCUGUGAACUUCGUGGCCGAAAGCAAGCGAAACGAAGAGGCUACCGGCGAGGAGGUGUCAGAGUGGGUGCGCAUGGGUAAGGCCCUUGACAACGUCUGCUUCUGGGCUGCUCUGGUGCUCUUUACCGUAGGAUCCAGCCUCAUCUUUCUCGGGGGCUACUUCAAUAAAGUACCUGAACUGCCCUACCCACCAUGUAUGUAGACCUAAGCCUGUGGCUGCCCUGAUUUCAGUCUUCCCACCCAUCUCCAGGAGGAAAGAGAUUUCGCAAAACAAGUUGUUGCCAUUGCAGUAUUAUGAUCCUUUCCCCCUGUGAAUAAUAAAUCUGUAUUUUAUAAACUUC